AUGUCGACACAGAGCUGCUCUGAGAACAACCUGAAGUUUAUCUGUGAGUUUAAGCCUGGGCCUGGUGACGAGGGCUACAAUGUUGACAUGGACUGCAAGUCAGUGUCAGUCAUCCUCCCUGCUCAGUGUAGCAUCUACCAGCUGAGGCUGCACAUCUGUCUGCAGGCUGAGGAAAGAAACUGUCAUCCAGCUCCAGUUGAAAUACUUGACCCAGAGACCUACACUCUGUUAUAUGCUCGGGGGGAUGACUGGUACGAGGCCUACGAUGACUGUCAGGUUAUCGGGACGUUAGACAUUCCAUGGUUGCGUGACGACACUGGGCACCUCUCUGCACACAUGGUGCUAAAAUCUGUGGUGGCAGUUGAUUCGGAGGAGAAGAAGAAACACCUGCAGAGUCUGGCUCACCUGAUUGGACACAACCUCGAGAAGGAAGCGUCUGACAGACUUGGUGAGCUCACAUUCACCCGCAGGAAACUGGCAUCUCCAAGAAGACUAGAGCUAAGAAAUCGAGAUGACAAGUUGUAUGCCACUGAGCCUUGGGUAACAAGUGCCCCCAUUCCAACUGAACUGCAGGAACGACUACAAAGGAAGCUUCCUGUCACCCUCCAUUACAUGAGCAAGAUCAGCUUCAGCAUUCAGGUGGAUUUUAGUGCAACCCCAGAUGUUCUUCUGGAAGUUCUCAGAAGGGUGUUGGCAGACCAGGGGCUUGAUGCCGAUACUUCUGAUAGUUUUGCGUUAAAAGUCUCAGGCAGGGAGGAAUUUUUAUCAGGGGACUACCCUCUCAGCGAUUUCCUCUGGGUUCGACAGUGCUUGAGGACCAAUCAAGACCUCCACCUCUCUGUGGUGCCUCACUCACAGCUUGUCAAGGAGACCGUCCAGUUUGUGGACUGGCCGCUCGUUGAUGGUUUCAGUGGCCAGUUCAGCUCCCAUGAUGAUCUCUGUCUGGAAGGGAAGGAUCUGGAUGACAUCUUCAUGAUAUCUUUGUGGGACUGCAACAGAAAACUCAGAGUCAAGUUGCUUGGCUUUGACAUCCCAAAUCUUCCAGACAAAUGCCCCCAGACCGUUUAUGUUGAAGCUUCUAUACUUUAUGGCACCAAAGUUCUUUCUUCAGUCUCCUCUGUUCCCAAGACCUUUGCAGAUGAAGUACUGUGGAAUGAAUGGCUUGAAUUUGAUGUUCUCCUCAGGGAUCUGCCACGUGGAUCUAAGCUGGGUUUCACCAUUAAUGCAAGUGGUGGUGACACCUCCCCAAUAACCAAAGACACAGGGGAGGGGAAGUUGCUCUACUUUGUUAAUCUUCUACUCAUAGAUCACAGGUCUGUCCUCAGCCAGGGCUCCUACACCCUGCACAUGUGGUCUUACCCUGGCCAGGAGGAAGAGGCCAUCACCUACCAGGCAGACAAACUGUCCACUGCUACUAACCCAGACGUAGUAGACUCCAUGGCUAUAAGCUUCCUUCUAGACCGCUACAGCUUCCCUGUGGUUCUGCCAAAUAGCUUUAGUGCCUCUGAAUGUUCCGGCAGUCCCACCUCCAACUUCUCCCCAACUAAAUCAACUGCCUCCUCUCACAACCUUUCACCCUGUUCCACUCUACCCAGCACAGUCUCUUCCUCUCAGGAUCUGGAACCUCCUCAGGGCCCAUCAAGUGACACUGUGGCUCUCAGUUCCCCACCCACAAAUGUCAACACCAAAAAUCCUUGCCUAAAAAGGUUCCGAGAGGAGAGCGUCCGCUACGCCUCCAACCUACCCCUCUACCUGCGCAAUGUUGAUUGGAUGAACCGGAAUGUUGUUAAGGAUGUGCACUGGCUACUGGGAAACUGGGAUACUGAGGAUCUGGAUCUUACACUGGCCCUGCAGCUGUUAAGCAUGGAUUUUGCUGAUGAGAGGGUCAGGAGACUUGCUGUCCAGAGACUGGAGAGCCUGUCCAAUGAUGAUGUAUUGAAGUAUCUGCUACAGCUGGUGCAGACCCUUAAAGUGGAACCUUACCAUGACAGCUUCCUUGCUCGUUACCUCAUCCAAAGAGCUCUGCGGAGCAAGAGAGUCGGCCACUUCUUCUUCUGGUACGUCCGCAGCGAGGUGGCAGGGUGUCCGUACUUCCGCCAGCGCAUGGCGGUGAUUCUGGAGGCCUACCUGCUGGGCUGUGGCCAGGCCAUGCUCGACAGCUUCACCCAGCAGGUCCAAGCUGUGGAGGCUCUGCAGGAGGUCGCUUUAAUGAUUAAGAGACUCUUCCCUGACAAGACUGACCUCCAUCCUACAGCUCCCCUCAGGCUCCAAGAGCUUCUCAGAAGCUGUAAUCUGCCAAAUGAAUUCCUGUUGCCCAUUGACCCCCGCAUCAAAGCUGGAAUGAUCCUGCUGGAUAAGUGCAAGGUGAUGGCCUCUAAGAAGAAGCCUCUGUGGCUGGAGUUCUCUCCCAUGCCGUCGCCCACCUCUGCUACACCUGUCGGAAUAAUCUUCAAACAAGGCGACGACCUCAGACAGGACAUGCUGGUCAUUCAGACAUUGAUGGUGAUGGAUUCUAUCUGGCAGGAGAAAUCUCUGGACCUUAACCUUGUUCCAUAUGGCUGCAUCUCCACAGGACACAACAUAGGUAUGAUUGAGAUCGUGAGGAAUGCAGUGACUAUUGCUGCAGUGCAGAGGUGCCACAGAGGAACAGCUUCAGCUUUCAGAAAUGAUGCUCUGUUUGAGUGGCUCAAGUCCAAGUGUCCACUCCAGGAAAUUCACUACGAGACUGUGGAGAGGUUUGUGAAGUCAUGUGCUGGUUACUGUGUGGCCACUUAUGUCCUGGGUAUCGGAGAUCGACACAGUGACAACAUCAUGAUCACAGACCAGGGGAACUUGUUUCACAUCGACUUCGGUCACAUCCUGGGUAACAGGAAGCACUUUCUUGGUAUGAACAGGGAGCGUGUCCCAUUUGUCCUCACACCUGACUUCCUGUAUGUCAUGGGCAGGGUCAAAAGACGCAACAGCCUCUAUUUCCAGCGGUUCAGGGACACUUGCACAGAAGCCUACCUCUCCUUGCGCUCCCACUCUCGUCUGCUGGUCACUCUUUUCUCCCUCAUGCUGCUGACCGGCAUCCCAGAGCUGAGUUCCUCAGAGGACAUGCGUUACCUGAGGGAGGUGCUCCAGGAGGAACAGGGGGAGGCGGAGGCCAAGGAGCAUUUCCUCCAGCAAAUCUCUGAGUGUGAGAAGCUGGGCUGGACAGUGCAGGCUAACUGGUGGAUCCACGAGAUGGCAGGCAUCAAAUGAAUGUUUUGUUCUGCUGUGCUUCAGCUCUGGAGGAGUUUUUUUUUGUUUGUAUUAUUGUCAUUUAUAUGUAUUUGUGUAGCAAGUACAAGCUGUUUCUAUAUGCAUCGAUCUGGAGGAGGGUGGAAGAUAAUGGCAUGGUAACCAUUAACAUGUGAUAUUUGUUGCAUUGUAAAUAUAUGUUAUGUGCAGCUUCCUUUAUCUAUGAACACUCAAACAUUGUUUUUCUAUUUGCCAUUUCAAGUCAAUUUAAAUGUCGGGGCUUGUCGACACUUGGAUGACACCACACGAGCUGUAUGAAGGCAUGUUAUGUUUUUCUGUUGUUUUAUCACUUCCAAAGAAGGACUCCAUCCUCCUAAUCCAUCAGUAUAGUGCUGAGUAUAAUGAGUGAAAAUUUUCACUUUUCAGUGAACUAUCCCUUUAAUAACUAUAUUCCACAUUA